UUCAUUUGCUGGAUAAGAGAGACAGGCGGCGUGUGUACCUUAUGAUCUCAUUUAAUCACUCUGAUAAAUCACAGUGAAGCCCAUACUGCGGAAUUGAUGUAUCCCUUGGAGGUUUCAGUGGAAUAAACAAUAUUUUUUUCUGGGUAUCGGCAGAGUUCACGAAUCCAAGAAAGGACCAGAAAAGAACAGAACAAUUUAUUAUUCUCAAGCAAAAUGGAAUGCUGCCAUGGUUUUGAGACAGACGCUGUUACGCUUUCAAUAACGGGAUGAAUGAAAGAAACAUCUUUCUCUUAACAAAAUAGACAAUAUUGUGUCAAUUUUUGUGUGUGUCUUCUCUUGGAUUGUGGAUAAUCAAAAACGUUCAAGACGGACGGGGUAGUGGAGCACAGAGGUAAAAAUCGGGGGAACAUGAGGGAGAGGGACUUCAUGCCCAAUAUGGAGAGGGGCAAACCUGCCACAUACACCGGGGACAAAAAGGCAAAGAUGGCUGCGAAGACGAACAAAAAGUGGGUGAGAUUGGCCACAGUUUUUGCUUAUGUCUUGUCCGUGUCCUUGGCAGCUAUAAUCCUGGCCAUUUAUUACAGCCUGAUCUGGAAACCAACGUCUGCAUCAGCAACAUCUGGGAAACCUGGGGGGCUCGAGGAGGUCACCGUAGCCACUAACAUUUCUAGCACUGAGAACAAUUCGUCACAGACAGACCUUUUGUCAUCAGUAAAUAAAACCAUGUCUAAUAUGAGAGCUGAGCCUCAGACCAAAUUAUUUCCAUGGGAGGAUAGCAGUAGUAAAAGUCCAGCAAUAAUUCCAGACGACAUUUUACCCCAAAGCAUUCAUAGUAGUGCAACAGGACGCUAUACAUCUACACCGAGUUACACAGCCACGGAAACCGCAAGAUUGCUUAUGAAGGCAAAAGAGAGCAAAGCCUCGAGAUCUGCAGAUGUUUCACAAAACAAUCAAAAAAUGCGUGCGGAAUCUGGAAGCGCUUUACCCUUGGCUGCUGACAGGGAGACGAGAGAGGCGCUGAGGCCGAUAGCUACCAGUGGAAUACAUCAACAGCACCUUGAUGGAACAGGGACUGGUCCCCAAUUCGAUAGGCAUGUGGCGGAUGCUACCCCUAAGAACCAGCAACCUUCUUCGGAAACCCCGGCUGUUGGUACUGCAAGCUCACAAGGACUGCAGAGGGUAAAGACAACUGACCAGGCCGGAAAGGUUCUGACGGAUACAAAUCGAGAGCUGGAUAAAACAGAAGGGUCUUCUUCCUUGUCAGAGGACCUGGUUACUAAGGACACAGAGGAUGCAACAGUGAGAAGUUCAUCAACUUCAAAACUCAUAUAAUCAUAACUCAUUGAUUCCGCUUAAAUAAAACAUACGCAUAUAUAGCUCCGACUGUAAACGAUUACCAUUAUUUAGACAAGUCACCAUAUUUUGUUAUGCCUUAAACGACUGUCAUAUUUGUUUUGGAUAGUCGAUACUUUUCUUCGCUUCACCAAGGUCAGGAAGAUUCACAUCUACUGUAUGUCAGAUCCAUUUUAUAUCAUUUAAACCUAUAUAUAUAUAAAAGAACGGCGCUUUUGCAUUGCAGAACCUGUUAAAUACAAUGUGAUUUAUAUUUUCGACAAAGCCUUUCAACUGACAAAAAGACAUGCCGCGGAUGAAUUGUUUAAUUUGUAAGGGGAAAGGCUAUUUUUUAAUAUUAUUGGUUUGUCUACAUAUAUUGCUUAAUACUAAUUAACCAGGAUUCCACUGGCUUAAGGGAACCGGUAUUGAGUUAAGCUCAGGUAUGUGCAUAGCUAAAUAUAAAACUAUGUAAAUGUGAAAUAUACUGUAUUUGGUAUUGUACAUAAAGCAUAUUGUAAAUGCUCCGACCUGGGUUAAAAAUAUACAAACUAGAUACUUUUUAUUAAAAUAAGAAUGUACAAUAGGUAUAUACAGUAUCACAAAACAAAA